UUUCCCAGCAUUUAAUUAUGUAUUUUUGUUAUAUAUUAUGUUUCUAGUUAUUUUGAUCUAGAGACCUGUACAUAAUGGCCACAUCAAACGGUAACGGCGACAAGGUGUCCAAAUUUGAGACUUUAAAGCUCUUGGAGAAAUGCAGAAAAGAGAGGGAUGAUGCUUUGCACCGAGAGAGCAUUCUCCGGGAGAAACUGCGGCAGUUUGAGUCCAGGUCGCGUUCAACCGAGGCGCUCAAACAGAAGAUCAAGUCCCUGACGAAUGACAACAAGGAGCUGAGGAAACAGACGAAGUCUCUUCGGGCGGAGAUCGGACUCGAGGCCAGUCCCAAGUUUAGCGGGAAAACUACAAAGGACAUCAUCAAUGACUUCCAUGAAAAGGAACGCCAAUGCAAUGCUCUAAUUGAAAAGGCCGGGAAACUCAGUUUAACGAUAGAUGACUUAACAUCCGAGUUGGCGAACACAGUGACUUCUAAAACCCUAUUGGAAGAUCAAGUACAGUCGUUGCAACAAAACCUCAAGGACAUGACAAAUAAUCAGCGACGUUUGCUUAAAUUGUGGGAGGACAAAAAACCACAACGAGAGCAGCUGUCACUCCCGGCGAUUUCCCAGCGACCAGGGCCAGUGAUCAAUAAAGGCGUUCAGACCGAGAUGUCCAUUAAUCUGUCACAAAAGCUUCCAGUAAAUGCAUUUGAGACCAAGCCAUUUCGCAGAGAUAGCGAGAAAAGAUCAAUGUUGGAUAAACACAGCUUAGCUACUUUGACGCAUGGGAAUCCUCACGACAAAAAGGCGUUUGUGCAUGAUGAAAUUAAAGGGCUUCAGCACUGAUGACACUUUUGAGGCAUCAGUGACAAAACACUGUUCUAGACAAAUAAACCCAAUACCGUUUAAAAGGAUUAUACAUUGAAAUUAUUGGACUUUUAAUUUGUUCAAGGGGACUCGUUUGUUUUGUUCUGUGAUGUGUA